AUGCCUUUCUACACGGCCUCUUUGGAGCAUCAGAGUCUCUCCAAGGCCGCCUACCCCCACCCCAUGACAGAGGAGGAGGGGACAGUUAAUGGGCAGGCUGGGCAUUGCUCCAGGUUUCCGGAUCGGAUCCCGAGUGACUUCCCCACGGAGCCGAGAGGGCCGCCCGUCAGACGUCGCCGCCGCCCCGCCGUCGCCGAGCUCCCGGACUGGCGCGACUUCUGCGCCCUGCACGCCCAGGCCGCGGCCGUCGACUUCGCCCGCAAGUUCUGCCGCUUCCUGAGGGACAACCCACAGUACGACACGCCGGGCGCCGAGGCCUCCUUCUCCCACCACUUCGCCGCCAACUUCCUGGACGUCUUCAGCGUGGAGGUCAGCCGGGCGUCCGUCCCGGCUCCCCCGCGCCGGGGCUCGGCCCGCUCCCUGAGCCAGACCCGCCCGGGGCCCGGCCGGCCCGCCUCCCCCUACGGCCACUCGCGCAGCUCUGAGGACGUGUCGGCCCGCGUGGCGCCCCCGGCCCGCUUCAAGAAGGGCUUCUCCCUGCGUAACAUGAGCCUGUGCGUGGUGGACGGGGUGCGGGACAUGUGGCACCGCCGGGCCUCCCCCGAGCCGAGGCGGCCCCGGUCCGCCCCGCCGGGCCCCCGCGAGCCCCAGCCCGAGCCGCGCGAGAAGUGGGGGCCGCCGGCUGCGGCUGAGCCGGCCGGGGCCGCGGCGGCCGGCGGGGCCGGGCGGCGGCGGCCCCCAGGGUAGAAACUGGCGGACAUCCAGGAGGGCACGCUGCGCUACAUGGGUGGCGACGACUCCGUCUGCGGGCCCCGGGCGCAGUGGCAGAAGUGCCGGCUGAUGCUCAGGAAGGCCGCGGGGGGAGGGGAGAGGUUCCUGCUGGACUUCUACGUGCCCCCUAAGGCAUCCCGACCCAAAGUCAGCAUCCCCCUGUCGGCCAUCAUCGAGGUGCGGACCACCAUGCCCCUGGAGAUGCCGGACAAAGACAACACCUUUGUGCUGAAGGUGGAGAACGGGGCCGAGUACAUCCUGGAGACCAUCGACUCGCUGCAGAAGCACUCGUGGCUGGCCGACAUUCAGGACUGCACGGACCCGGGGGACAGCGGGGACGACAUUGAACUCUCCUCCUGCGUCCAGGGCGCGUGCCUGGCGGGCCGUGCAGCCUCCUGCAGCUGCGAGUUCCUGGGUGAUGACCCCCCCAGGCCCCCCGAGAGAUGCUCCUUGGUGCCCGAGGGCACCGGCUCCGCCGUGGUGACGGCCCCUCAGGGCCGGAGCAGGGACUCCGUCGGGGAGACGCUGAGCCACGUGCCUCUGGAGACCUUUCUGCUCACCCUGGAUUCUCCCGCCAACGCCAGCCUCCUCCCAGGGGAGGAGAGUGAGCCGGAGCUGGAGAUCGCCCUGGCCGACUUCCCCUGGUUUCACGGGACGCUGUCGAGGGUCAAGGCGGCCCAGCUGGUCCUGGCCGGGGGCGCCCGGAGCCACGGCCUCUUCGUCAUCCGCCAGAGCGAGACGCGGCCGGGGGAGUACGUGCUCACCUUCAACUUCCAGGGCAAGGCCAAGCACCUGCGCCUGUCUCUGAACGAAAACGGCCAGUGCCACGUGCAGCACCUGUGGUUCCAGACCAUCCUGGACAUGCUGCGCCACUUCCACGCCCACCCCAUCCCCCUGGAAUCCGGCGGCUCAGCCGACAUCACCCUGCGCAGCUACGUGCCGGCCCCAGCCACGCUGCCUGACCCCGGCCCGCGGCCCAGCUCCGGCCCCCCACCGCCCAGCUGCCGGAGUGACCCCCAGGCCCAGUACUUCUCUAGCUUCGUCCCCGGCCCCCUCCAGCCCGCCUCCCUGGCCGAGCCCGAGGGCCCGGCCGCCUCCGUCUCCGCCGCCGGGGCCCCACACCCGCUCUACCCCCGCCUGGACGGCGGCGUACUGAGCGCCCGGAGCCGCAGCAACAGCGCAGAGCGCCUGCUGGAGCCGCCCGGCCCCGGGAGCGAGGACUAUCACGGCGGCGAGGGGGCCGGAAGCCGGGCCCGGGCCGUGGAGAACCAGUACUCCUUCUACUAGGCCCCGGGCCCUGCCAGACUUCCGGGGGACUGAGAGUUUGGUCCAAGACCCCCCUCCCGGCUCGGGGCCAGCGGGGGUCCUCUGAGCCCCUCGGGACUCUGGGUUACCGUGGAUGGGGCUCCUCCGGACGGAGCCCACCCGCGUCCCCGUCCCCCGACGGGCAGAGACGGGGCAGCCGCCCCUCUCCCCUGGGCCGGGCAGGCGGUCUGGGGCCGACGAGUCAAAGCUCUUCAGUGAAGACAGAAGUGAUAUUAAAGAGCCUGUUUUAGGGACUGCA